GCUUUAAAGGGAGAAUCUUGCAUUUUGUUUCCCUCAGGGAAAAUGGUGAACACGGAAGAUCCCAAGAUGAAAUACACUGAAAUGGAAUAUAUUGGCAAGGGGCAUUUUGGAUCUGUGGUUAGAGCACUCAACAAAGCCACGGGAGGAGAGGUGGCCAUAAAGAAAAUAAGACUUAACGGAUGGCAGAGAAAGCAACUAGCUGUUAAUGAAAUCGAAAUCAUGAAGAAGCAUAGGAGUCCCAGUGUUGUGAAUUACUUAGAUAGCUACCUUCUGGGUGAGGAACUCUGGCUGGUCAUGGAGUACAUGGACGGAGGCACUCUGUGGGAUGUCAUCAGCAAGAUCUUCCUGACUGAAACCGAGAUAGCAGUCAUCAGUCGGGAGUGCCUGCAAGGAUUGGAUUUUCUUCACUCAAACCAUGUGAUCCACCGAGAUGUGAAGAGCGACAACAUCCUUCUCAGAACCGACGGCUCUGUCAAGCUGGCUGAUUUUGGCAUCUCUGUUGAGCUCAGCCCCGAGAAGAAGAGACCGUCCUCUGUAGCCGGGACUCCUUGGUGGAUGGCGCCUGAAGUGGUGACGCGUCAACCAUAUGGCCCCAAAGUGGACAUAUGGUCUUUUGGAAUUGUUGGAAUUGAAAUGGUAGAACGGGAAGUUCCUUACAGGAGUCGAAGUCCUGCCACGACUAAAUUCCUGAUAGCCACAGCAGGGACACCACAGCUGCGGCAGCCCGAGCUCCACUCGGCUUGGCUGCGUGACUUCCUGAGCUGCUGCCUGCAGAGAGACGAGGAGCGGCGCUGGUCUGCCAACGAGCUCCUGCAGCAUCCAUUUGUAACAUCAGCCAAGCCAGUGUCCAUCUUGGCACCACUCAUCACCGUCCUGAAGAGGAUGCAGGAGAGAAGAAUGUAACAACGAAGUCGAGAUGUCUUCGCCACAACAAAUUUCGAGGAUUGUAGGAUUGUAGAGUAGGAUUGUUGAAGGGUUUUAUCAAAUAAGAUUGUAGAGGAGGAUUGUAUAGUAGGAUUGUUGAAGAGUUUUGUAGAAUAGGAUUAUGGAGUAGGAUUGUAGAAUAGGAUUGUUUAAGGGUUUUGUAGAAUAGGCUUGUAGAGCAUUGUGGAGUAGGAUUGUUGAAGAGUUUUGUAGAAUAGGAUUGUAGAGGAUGAUUCUGGAGUAGGAUGGUUGAAGAGUUUUGUACAAUAGGAUUGUAGAGGAGGAUUUUAAUUAAAUAAAGUUUCUGAAACAUCAACUCACUUGGAAGACUGCCCUCCUUCUGACCCCUUCAGAAAACAGGGAUUAUUAUAUAGAUAUGUACAUAUGUAGGCUGCUGUUUGUAUAGGAAUAUUUCUAUAUGUCUAUUAUAUUUAUGGAUGUAUGCUAUUGUAUAGAUAUAGAUAUGUUUCAUGUGUAUAUAUGUAUCUAAGCGUACAUGUAAGCUGUUAUGUCUGUGUUUAGUUCUAUUUCCUAUGUAUACAGUUGUGUUGCUAUCUAUGUCUAUUGAUGCAGUCAUACAUAUAUGGCUCUGUGUGUAAUUAUUUUUACCUAUGUAGCCAGAUGUAUAGCUGUAUAUUUGUGUUGAUGCAUUUGUAUGGAUAUUUAGCUUGGCACAGUGAUAUUUGUAUAUUUCUAGAUAGGUUUGUGUUAUAUCUAUAUUGUAUAUAAUAUGCGAUAUUUAAUUUAUAUUUCUAUCUGUAGAUUCUUACAGUUAUAUAUGUAUUUAUAUAUAUUUUUCUGUAUAUAUGUAUUUAGUUCUACUUAAGCAUGUAUGGAGAUGUGUAAUUCUAUUAGUUGAGUUCUUGGUACAAGGUUACUUGGGGUAGGAAUGCAUAUUUCUGUAUUUCUAUAUGGGCUGUACACUUGUAGUAAUAUGUAAUAAAAUAAAUUGUUAAAGCUAAUUAAUCUUUGUGUAUAGUGAGUUGUUGUAGACGUUGGCGAUAAAUUAAGUUUUAUUAACUGAAUUUGGUAUUUUUACCUAGACUGGUUGUUAUAAUCUAAUAAAUUCCUGGUUUUAACCUUAAUUGAGAUUUGUAUAGAUCUGUAUUGUCAGCACAGGUGUAGCAAUUUGUAAUAAAUGACAUUUUCCAACUGAAA